AUAGAUUAGCACACACUCUUGUGUCACACUCUCUCGGCUGUCAUAGUUCUUCACAAUCAUUAAUUUGUACUAGUGCAUUGCCGGAAUACCAUUCAUCAGUAGACAAAACCUUCGUUCUACUUGUUACAAUGGAAGGAAGAACCAGGGACGGCCAUCUGGGGAUUAGUCCGCCAAGAUAUCGAGGUGUACGACAGCGAAAAUGGGGGAAAUGGGUGUCCGAAAUCCGGGAGCCUGGUAAGAAGACAAGAAUUUGGCUUGGGAGUUAUGAGAUGCCUGAAAUGGCCGCGGCGGCAUAUGAUGUGGCAGCAUUACACCUUAGAGGACGUGGGGCUCAACUAAACUUUCCAGAAAUGGUGGAUAGUUUGCCCCGGCCGGCGAGCUCUAGAACUGAGGAUGUGCAAAUGGCAGCACAAGAGGCGGCUUCGCUGUUUCGGAGACCGAUAAAAUGUUCAGAGGGAGUAAGUGGUAGCUCUAGUGGCGGCGGCGGCAGUUUAGGUCCUGUUAGGGUUGGGUUGUCACCAAGCCAAAUUCAAGCAAUAAAUGAGGCACCACUGGACUCACCAAAAAUGUGGACGGAGUUAGCUGGGGCUCUUCUGUUGGAUGAGCCUGUGGCUAUGGGAGAUGAUAUUGAUGUCGAACUCAGUGAUGAGUGGGGUGAAAUGGAGCAUGAGCAUGACUCCAUUUGGGAUUAUUAAUCAUAUACAAACUAUUUUUUU